UUUUUUUUUUUUUUUUUUUUUUUGCUCUUUGCCCUACAAUGGCAAGGGAAAGUUUCCUAGGUGUCAUUGGCCCAGCAGAGGCAACUGAUGCCAGUUACUAUGAAGCUACUAGUCCUUGACCAGGGGACGAACACACGUGUGUCAGUGUAAAUUAUGACUGGCGAUUUUCCUCUGUCCUUGCACCUGUCUCUGAUCUGUCACAAAAAGUCAUCAUGUGUUUCCUUUUAAAGAAACAGAGUAUUAGUUGAUCGUGUAACCGGAGACACCCAGCGUAGGACUGCACAAAGAAUCCCAUUGCGGUUCACAAUGCCCACUCCUCAGAGCAGAGCAGGGAGCACAGGGAGCUUCGAAAGUGGCUGUGCUAGACCAGGGCAGGGAAGGUGCCUACAAAGCCAGAGACUUCACUGCUGCUCGCGGAGUAUGGAGUCCUCACUUCGAAGAAAAGACCUCUGGAUUGUGGGUAGCGUGUGCCUUCUGUCGUCUUCGGUCUUCUGGCGCCUGUUCCGGUCAGUGGCGGCAUGGGGAGGCCUCAAGCAGGCCCCUGCACUUGAGAAUGCACAGGCUGAGGAAAAUGUAUGGUCCAACCACACACUAAACGAAAGGACAAUUGUCAGAGGAGGAAGGACAUCAGCCCUCACAGAGAGACAUGACCAGAAAGACCAGUUCUCUUCUGAGAAAGAAAAGAUUACCAAACUCAACAAGAAAAAUGCAGAGAAGACCAGUGGCUCAGAAGUGCAGAGGACUUGCGUCAUAUGUCAUGUGGAACGACAAGACAAGAUAGAAUUUGUUCAGAGGAAUUCCACAGAGCUAAGAGAGUAUGCAGGUACAAAAGAUGCGUCAUGCAUGGAAAGUCUGGAGAAACAAGAAAGCAACAGCCUGGGCUAUAAACAAGACACUGAAGACAACAAUGGAGGGGAAAAUGGGAUUUCUUCUAAGGAAGAUUCCAGAGAAAUAGAAGCUGAGAACAGAGCUUCAACAGCUGCAAGUGGAACAGUGCUGGACAAACACUCGACUGAAAGCCAGCACACUGAGGACAUGAAUGGUGUCCAAUCUCAUGAAAGGUCCAUCAGUAAUAUAAAGACCAUUUCCACACCAGGAAUCCUUGGAAAUUCAGCAUCAGGACCCACUCUCCAGAAUGCUGAACAGACAGAGUCUACGGGCAGCAGUAAGCGCAGGGUGGCAGAGGAGUGCUUCCUGAGUGAGGACAACAAAAAGAGCAGAAUAGAUGUAGUGGGUGCAGGGGAAGAGUCCAUACCCAGGACAGAGGAAAACAGACAAGCCAGGAGCCUGGACAACAGACUCCAGGAUGGAAUGACCACCUCUAGAGAGCAAGACCUGGCGGUCCAACUGGAUGAUGUCCCUGCUCCUGCUGCCCCAUUUGAUCAUCGCAUUGUAAUGGCCAAACAUGCUGCAGUCGACAGUCUGUACUCUGUGAGCAAAUCCGAGAUUCUAGGAGGGGGGCGUUUUGGCCAGGUUCAUAAGUGUGAAGAGAAAGCAACAGGCCUGAAGCUGGCUGCUAAAAUCAUUAAGAUUAGAGGUGCAAAGGACAAGGAGGAUGUGAAGAACGAGAUUAGUGUCAUGAACCAGUUGGACCAUGUGAACCUCAUUCAGCUCUAUGAUGCCUUUGAGUCCAAGCAUGACAUCAUCCUUGUCAUGGAGUAUGUGGAAGGCGGGGAGCUUUUUGACCGCAUCAUUGAUGAAAACUGCAACUUGACAGAGCUGGAUACCAUCUUGUUCGUGAAGCAGAUCUGUGAGGGGAUAAGGUACAUGCACCAGAUGUACAUCCUCCACUUGGAUCUCAAGCCUGAGAACAUCCUGUGUGUGAAUCGGGAUGCUAAGCAAAUAAAAAUUAUUGAUUUUGGAUUGGCCAGAAGAUACAAGCCCAGAGAGAAGCUGAAGGUGAACUUUGGAACCCCAGAAUUUCUUGCUCCUGAAGUUGUGAACUAUGAUUUCGUUUCCUUUGCUACAGAUAUGUGGAGUGUGGGUGUCAUCACAUACAUGCUACUCAGUGGCUUGUCCCCCUUUUUGGGCGAUAAUGAUGCUGAGACGCUGACCAACAUCCUGGCAUGCCGGUGGGAUUUAGAAGAUGAAGAAUUUCAAGAUAUCUCUGAGGAGGCCAAGGAGUUCAUCUCCAAGCUCCUGAUUAAGGAGAAGAGUUGGAGAAUAAGUGCCAGCGAAGCUCUCAAGCACCCCUGGUUGUCAGACCACAAGCUCCACUCCAGGCUGAGUGCACAGAAGAACUCCAACUCUGGUGUUCUGAACCUGACGACCAAAUAAUUCAUGGAAGGAGCCUAUUCAACAGGAAAACUGCUGCGGUUGCUGCUGCUUUGAGAAGGCUUUUGGAAAAAUCAGCAGUUCUGGUGCCUUGACCCCUGUGAUGACUGGCAGCCCUAACAUGGGCAGCCUUGAACUUGAACUUGGAGAGGCUUUGCUGUGCUCAGUGGGUGACCCAGGGCCGCUCCCUAGGGGCUCAGGCAGAUGCCCACAUCCCACUUAGUGUACAGAGGGGAAGAUGUUUCUCUGCCUUCUUGGCUUCUUGUGUUUCAAUGUUUGUUUUUAGUUUGGGAUGUUAGUGGGGCAGCGGGUAUGUUAUGCUGUUUCUUGGACAACCAGAGCAAUGCUUGAGAUGUACAGAUGUGGAGAAUGCAUUUGAGGAGAGAGAAAGGCUUCUAGUCAUUGCACUGUGCUUCUCAAGGGGGCAAUUGUAUCACCAGGAAAUUUCUAAGAUUUGGACCCUUUGAUUUACAUUUCUAUGUGGUUUGAAUUGGAGUGAAUUCAAUGGAUUAUUAGCUUGCUGGAACAUAAGACUUCUAAGGCAAGAUCAGCUAUGACACAUGGUACCUUCCAUGUAUUCUGAACUCCCUCUCAAGUACAACAGUUUCCACCCAGUAGCUGACUCCAUGUUCAGAUUCAUGCCCCACCAUUUUACAGAGUGCCCCCUGCUCUGGUCUUAUGUACAAGUUCAUCCCCAUUAAUCAUGAUGGUUUGGGGGGAUGUAUAUUUGAAGUUAGUCUUUAAAAUUACAACCUUCAAAAGACAGCCAUAAGAGUUUUUCUCAAGACCUAGGUGUCACCAGUAGGAGCUGGGUCUGCGUAUCCAGGGGAAAUACAAUACUUGAUGUCCUGGUCAGUGUUUAGAAAGUGGCUCCAGCCUCUGGGUAAACUGAAACACUUACAAGAUCAUUAAUUGUAGCUACACAAACUCAAAACUAUGCAAAUUCUCAUAGGGGUCAAUGGUUAUAAGGAUAAGGCAAAACUGAUUUCUGAUUAUAAACAUUUUUCUUUUUGACACAGGGUCUCAUUAUGUAGCUUGGCUGGCCUGAAACUUGCUAUAUAGAUCAUGCUAGCCUCAAACUCAUAGAAAUACUUUUAUACCUGUUCCAGAGUGCUGGGAUUAGAGGCACACAAUACCUUGCCUAUCAUUGGUUGCAAAUGUCUUAUUUCCUAGCUCAUGGGCUAUUUGCUAUCAGUUGUUAUCAGGUGGCAUUUAGGGGACAGGAUCAUUUGGGGCUACAGAAAGCAAAACAAGAAAAACACUUCUGUACGAAGACAAGACUUUGCAAAGCUCCCUGAAAUUCCACUGAUAUUCAGUCUCUCAUUUCCAAACGGCCAUUGAGUUUAGUUCAGUCAGACAAUGCCCCCAGUUUUAGCCAUAAAUUGAUGUCACAAUUGCAGUGGUAAGAAUAACCUAGUGGCCCUGUCGCUGAGGGUCAACUUGAGGCUCUUGACUGUUGGCCAAACCCUUAUGGCCAUAACAUGCCCACCAAUAACCAACACCUCUUCAUAGCCUCUUCAUAUCUGACCCUGAAAUAAAGGGGAAGUAGGUGCCACUUAGCAAAGGCCAAUAUCCACUUCCAUUGUUGUGCUGUCUGUGAAAAUCUGCUUGUUCCAGCCAGUGUUCUUAGGCUGUGACACAGACACAUGGUUUCCUUUCCUUUAGCCCAUGAAUUCAUCCAAGAUUGGUUUUUAAUAUCCCUUUUAAAAUUAUAAUGCUUUCUUCUUUCUUUCUUUCUUUCUUUCUUUCUUUCUUUCUUUCUUUCUUUCUUCUUCCUCCUCCUCCUCUUCCUCUCCUCUUCCUCCUCUUCUUCUUUCCUCCUCCUCUUCCUCCUCCUCCUUUAAAAAAAAAGAACACACACACACAUACACACACACACACACACACAAAAGCUGGGACAGGUGGAGAAGCUCUGACUUCAAUGUUCUAUUACUGUGCUAGGCUUAGCGGAUGCUGUUCACUGAGUGAGCAUGGGGAAAAAAAUGCAAGCCAGUACACGCAUUAAUCCUCCCUAGCCACAGCAGGCUGGCACUCUCUCAAAUGCUAAAUGGGACACAAGGGUCUGGUUGAAAACCCCACAUAGAAGGGCAUUUUCAUUUCUGGGCAUGGACUCUCCCCGAGCCUGGGGAAGAGAUCUUCAGCAAGACAUGCAACUUUUAAUCUAACUCACAUUGCCAUACACCUGGACCUGCCUCAUGUGGAAAGAACAGCUUAGGUCACAUACAGGCAUGAUUUUUUGGCCACCUGAAUUUCCACAAUGACCCCACAAUUAGUGGGUGUGAUUGCUUUAGUUUGUGUUUUUUGAGGUUUAGAAAGGAGACUGCUUUGAGAGUGGAUCUUCCAAUGGGCAGUUAAGCUUGCGCCUGUGAGUAGGAAGGUGGGUACCCCGCUCCAGCAAAAGCAUUUUAUAGGCAAGCCAAGGUGAGUUCAGUCGCCAAGUUGAUGAUUACAGGCUGAGUUACAAUAGUGCAGGAGAUGAUCAUUGUGCCUUUGCCUGUCCCCUCGCUCCACACCCACAUGAGGCUGCUCCAGUAAGAGCCUAGGAUGCCAACUCUGUUGUUGAAUGUCAGCUCUGAUGGGAAAGGGGCUUUGCAGAGCUGGGGAAUCAAACUGGAAGCCAGUUCCGUGACUGUGGCUAAGCUGUGGCUCCCGUCAUCCACUUUUCCAAGAGGUCAUCAGGAUUUGGGAUGCUGCUUUCUCCUCCACCUCUUCAUGGACAGGAGGCUUCUCUUAGUUCCACCAAAGCUGCCUGGAGCUGCUGCUUUCUUUAGUUAAGAAACAGAGCACACAGCACAUGUGCUGUUCAGAAAGAAAUAGCCUGAAGACAGCUGCGAAGGAAGGGUGUCCAUGUUCAGAAUUUGGAAGACACCAACACUUACCCAGGAACAGUUGAUAGCUAAGAACAUGGAAGAAAGAGCUCACAUUCUCCUUUGCUCCAUUAAAAAAAAUUGGAAUAAAUUAUUCUCUAAGAUAGCUUAGGGCAAAGCUUUGCAGGUUAAAUUAGGUAACACAUGUGUUGAGACCCACAAGUUUAUUUUUUGGCGGCUUUUUGCUCAACUGAUAUUAAUUUAUUUUCUUUCUUUAAAAUGUAAAUAGGCAUGUGUACUUUAGUGUUUUGAAGAACAUGUGAAUAGUUAUGGAAAUUAGCAUAGUCAAUUUUCUUGUUUUGGAAUCAAAAUAUGGAUUUUAUACUAAGGAAAUGAGGGUUACGCUCUUAAUUCAUUCCUUCUCCUCUGACUGCUCCCUGUCACCCCCUUGCCUGGACAAGGGGUGCGAUCAAUGUGCAUACAUUUUCUUGUUUAGUUUGGGCUCCAGGCCAGCUCGCUUGGAAAAUUUAUUUGUAAAAGUAUAAAUAAGGAAAGGCAGGGCCUGUGGGCUGUGGUGGGUAGGCUCAGCUCUGCCAUCCCUGUGGGCCACGCUGGCUGAAGCUCACUGUUCAGCAUCUCCAGAGCUCAGACAAUGUGUUUGCUUUUAAAUUUUUCUUCACUUAUUUCUUUUUCUUAAGUUAGAAUUUAGUCCAUCUUCCUCAUUAUGAUAUUCCUCUAAGAGCCAGUCAGCCUGUCUCCCUUUUUCCUUCCUUCUUUUCUUCCUCCCUUCUUUCCUUCCUUUCUCUUUUCCUUCCUUCCUUCUUUCCUUUCAUGCUGGGAAUGGACCCCAGGACCUUGCACACACUAAGAACAUGCUCUACCACUGAGAUGCACAUCAACGCCUCUGUGACCUUUUUAAGAUAAAAUUGUCCUUUCCAAAUGGCUGAGUGCCUUCAGUGACACAAGAAAGUCGAUGGGUGGUACAUGGUUCAAGGUUCACACCAUGUCCUUGUGCAACCUGAAGUCUGCAGUUUCUCAGACUAGAAGUGCUGUACAUAUCUUCUUGCCCCAUUCUGGUGAGGUGUGUUUCCAUAAGUGAUCUUUAUAUAUGGAAGGCUUAAGUACGUUCAAAAGAAGAGCAGAUCCCUAACCUCUGUGUGGAGAAGUUGGACAUGUGUGAAUUUUGCCGUCACCCUAGCUGACAGAUGUCAGUGUGUCCUUCUGAAGAGGUUCAUUCAUGCAGAUCAGAAUAAAAAUUGGAUUGUGUAGUGAUUGUCGUGUACAUUUUUAUUUCUGAAUGUAAUAGGAACAUUUGGAUGUACUUUUUUGCCUUAUGAAAGUGCAGUGUAAAUCAUAUAUGUGUAUUAUGUUUAAGAACUAUCUUAUUUUCUUUGUUCUUAUUUAUCUUUGUUAAUGAUUUAAAUUAUUCAAUAAAGAAGCCUUGGCUGACACAA